UUCAUUGCGUUGUGAUUACCUUCAUUUUUCUCAGGUCUUCAUAGGUACGUUUUUACUGUGUACGAACAGCCGAAAGAAAGACCAAACUGGAAUGAAACAUCAAUUCAUGAUGAUAAAGACGAACGCAGGGUCAAGUUCUCAAACAGGAAAUUUGCGAUGAAGUAUAAUCUCGGUGAUCUUUAUGCGGCUAAUUACUUCCAUUCGGAGCCUGAACCCCCAAGCCGGAAAGGCCCAGGGCCCGAAAUUUACGAGAAGAAUUAUCGAUUGAAUGCCACUAAGACGGGUCUAAACGCAGAUCCAUGAACAAAUUAUGGAGAACUUUCGCUGUGAUUUGCGGAACAUUUCAAGAAUGACAUUACGCAAAAAUUGUUCAAGGGAAUUUAUAAUCCGCGCCCCCAAAUAAUCAAAGAAAGAAAGAAAUAACAGUCGAACUUUUAAGUUUGUUUUCUCAAGCGGAUGGAUAAGAUUAAAUUGUUUUGUUUUGAACUUAUCGCAGAGUCAAGAUCUGGCGAUGAGGCCGGAUAUUUUUGAUGAUGCCCGCAUUUUGGACCCUAUUCAUGUACAGGACGAUCGAAAGUAUUGAUGCUUGGAGAAAAAUUGACAAACUUUAAAUUUCUUUAUUUUCGACAAAACUUAGACUCAAAUUCAAUCCUCACAUUUUUACACAUAACAUUAAAAAGGAAUAAAAAGGAUAAAAAAGGUUAAAAGGUUUAAAAAGGAUUUUUUUUAAAAAAAAAAGAAAGAAAAAGAAAGAAAGAAACAUGCAGGUAGACGUUUAUUCCUUUCCAAAUCUGAGUUUUUAAAGUGAUUCAUCAAUUAAUAAAUAAAUUCACUCGAGAUUACAUUCGAGAGAAUAUUUAAAUAUAAUCCCUUUUUUCUACUCGGAAUAGAGCUUCCUUUUUAAUUGUGAAAUUUUCUAUUGAAAGGAGUCAAUAAAACGCACACCCACACACUGGAAAGUUUGAACCUUCUUGUAUUUAAAAAAAAAUGAAAAAAACCCUUACGUGUAACAAGAAAAUUCAAUGAAAAAUGUAUCCGUCGAUAAUUUUCUUUUUUCCUUUUCUUCUUGUAUCCUUGCUUUAGUGGCCGGUUAUUAAAGACAUCUCUAUUUUUGUGUACUAAAUAAAAUAUCAAUUAAAACCAAACAUACAUCAUUCCUGAAUACUAUUAACUCAAACGGGGAAAAAAUUUUAAAAAAACUUCAAUUAUUAGAUGUUUGCAAGAUCAGCUCAUGAAGGAAAUAAAUCACAUCAAGUCUCAGAGCAGUUUCCCGGAGGGAUAUUGGCCCUUAGAAAACAUUAACAAGAAAUUUUGACGAACACGAUUAUUUAUAGAGGUCCCAAAAAAUGAUGAGAUGCACGAGACCGUCUUCUUUUUAAACUUCGCUCAUUGGCGGAACCAGCAAAUUGGCAACAAUGUUUUUCUCCAUUUAAACCUAUGGGAAUGUAUCCAUUCUUGGCGGGCCAGGUGCUCUGACAAGAAUCGAUUAUUUAACAUCGGAUUAAACAGAGGGAAUCCGGUGUUGCCAAAUUGCUGGAUCCGCCUCUGACUCCGCCACGCAUGAUUUGAUAUAAUGAUAAACGCAUGAAUUGAUAAAAUACGCAUAAUUCGUACAUUGUAGAAUGCAAUGAAGGAACAUGAUAAAAGGAAUGUGUUAAUACGUUUAAAACCUCCGCAAACCUCAUCCUCUUCUUCCGUAAACUAAUGAUUACGGAAAUGACCACGCAACUCUCAACUCCUCACAGUGCGACACACCUAAAUUUAACCCAGUGAACUUCCCAGAAUUUUCUCACUUAAAAUUUGCACGUUAAAUGUUUUGAUCAAUGAUUGCUCUCUUAACUAAGUAGUGUUACAAUUUUGUGCUCCUUUCUUUUUAAAUGAAUGAUUAUACUAUACCCGGUUUGUACUAUACUGGCCUCCUCGCCUGAUCCCCUUGUUAUGAGUGAUCUCAUUCUGUCUCCUGUUUCCUCCAUACCCUUAACCAAAUGAGAAACAAUGAAAAAUCCCAUAAUAGUAAUUAUUAAAUUAUAUUAUCUAUCAUACUACUUAGUGGAUGGAAAAAGAGGUUUUCGACAAAAAUUCAAACCGGAGGAUGACGUUGAACCUUUGUGUCCGCUCUUCCCUCACGAGUGGCCUCCAGAAGAAAUCGAAAGGAGAUUAAAAGGCGAUGAUAUUAUAUCAGAUGUGAUACCUCGCAGUCCCAAGUAUGUAAUUAACGUCACGUAUAUCCCCGGCGUCACAGUGUAUUUUGGGAAUAAGCUUGAGCCCGACGAAUUGAAAAAAGAGCCUGUGAAAAUAGGUUGGCCGGUCACACCGGGUCAUAAUUACACACUUAUGUUGACGGGGGCUGAUGACCCGUCAGUUGCAAACUAUAUGAAUCGUGAGUUUCUACAAUGGCUGGUGGUUGACAUACCAGGCACUGAUAUGCUUCAAGGCACCACAAUUGCAAAGUAGGUAUGCUCCUGUGAUGGUGCCACCCGACACAGGUCUUCAUCGUUACGUUUUAUCGUGUACGAGCAACCGAAAGUGAGGCCGAAGUGGCACGAACCACCAAUCCAUGAUUUGUGAGUGCAUACUUUUUCUUUUUAAAAACAAAAAUGUGUAAAGAGGGUGUGUCGUGUGUUACGCAACGUGUAUGUAUGUAUAAGAAACAACUUAAUCGGCCCGAAACCCUGACAAAGAAACAACUUAAAUUGGGACUAAGGCUGCAAAUAAUAAAAAGAACACGUAAAGUCAAAUAAAAA